AUGCAGAGCGUAUACAAGUACAAAGUGGGUAUACCAUGUCAAAAGUCCAUAUUACCCUUUAUACGUUUUGUGUGGGGGGUUGUACCGACAAUCCUCCAACAUCUCUACCUUGCUGAUACUCAACUAUUUGGUCAAGCUCCUGAUGCACUGGCACAUAUGACGUCCCUCCAGGUCCUUGAUUUGUCAUGUAAUCCUAACACGGAUAUGAUGACUACAAGCUUCAGAAACCUAUGCAAUCUGAGAAUCCUGGACCUUUCUUAUUGUCAAAUGGUUGGAAAUAUAAAGGAUAUCAUAGGGAGGAUGCCCCAGUGUCCCUUGAACAAACUGCAGAAGUUGCAUUUGGGCUACAAUAAUAUCAGCGGAAUCAUGCCAGAUCGGACACCACACUUGACCAGCCUAGUCGUACUUGACAUCUCUCAGAACAACCUAACUGGGGGCAUAACACGAUGGGUGGUGCUGCUCUCUAGUUUAAGCAGCCUUGAUCUUUCUUACAACCAUCUCAGUGGACCUGUACCUUCUGAGAUCGACAUGCUCGGCAAUUUAACUAUGUUGGAUCUCAGUAGCAACAACUUGAAUGGUGACCUCACUGAAGAACAUUUUACAAGUCUAAUGAGGCUAAAGAGGCUGUAUUUAAGUGGAAAUUCCUUGAGGAUUAUAGUUGGUCCUGAUUGGAUACCACCCUUCAGUUUAGAAGAAAUAGAUCUUGGCUCUUGCCAACUGGGCCCUUCGUUUCCUGCAUGGCUUCAGUUCCAAGUAGACAUUAGGGAGAUGGAUAUAUCAAGCACAGGUAUAGUUGAUAGGCUUCCUGACUGGUUCAGCACUACAUUUGCAAAGGUCACAGAUCUACGCAUCUCCAACAAUGAAAUCAGUGGCAGAUUGCCAAGAAACAUGGAAUUCAUGUCACUGCAAAAUUUCUUUAUCAAUUCAAAUAAACUAACUGGUGAAAUCCCCAACUUACCAAGAAAUAUUGCCAUCUUGGACAUGUCUGAAAACUCUUUAUCUGGAAAUUUGCCAUCGAACAUUGAGAUCACAGAUUUGACUUCAUUUUGGUUGCGCUCCAAUCAAAUAACUGGUUGUAUUCCCGAAUCACUCUGUAAAGUGGAAUCCUUGUAUGUCUUGGAAUUAAGCAACAAUCUUCUUGAGGGACAACUUCCUCAGUGUUUUGGGGUGAAGUACAUUGGCUUUCUCAUGUUGGGUAACAAUAGAUUCUCUGGCAACUUCCCAUUGUUUCUAAAAAGCUGGACACAAUUGAUGUCUCUAGAUCUAUCACAUAAUAGUUUUUCCGGAAGGUUUCCUUUGUGGAUUGGAGAUUUGGUUGAAUUACGAUUUCUCCGGCUAGAUCAAAAUAUGUUUUUUGGAGAAAUCCCAUGUACCAUCUCAAAUCUUAGUUCCCUUCAGCAUAUGAACCUAGCAGGCAAUGGCUUAUCAGGUGCCAUACCGCGGCAUCUGUCAAAUGCGACAGCCAUGAUAGGGAAGUACAGAAAGGUUUCUAGGGAUGAGACAGAUUAUGAAGUAUACAUGAAUAUGGUCUUUAGAUAUGAUUUUUCUUCUGUGGUCAUCAAGGGACGAGAACUUAAUUAUAGUACUGGCAUUUGGAAUUUGGUUAGCAUUGACUUAUCUUUCAACCAAUUAACUGGGGGAAUACCAGAAGAAAUUACGGCUCUUGAUGCGUUGAUAAACUUGAAUCUAUCAUCAAACCGAUUGAGUGAGAAAUUUCCAAAUAAGCUUGGGGUCUUGCAAGCAUUGGAAUCACUUGACCUCUCAAGGAACAUGCUUUCUAGCAGAAUCCCUUCAAGCCUGUCAGAUUUAAACUAUUUGAGCUACUUGGACUUGUCUGAUAACAAUUUAACAGGGAGAAUACCAUCAGGACGCCAUCUUGACACACUCUACACAGAGCAACCUUCCAUGUACAGUGGCAACAGUGGUCUUUGUGGGCCUCCUCUUCCAAACAGUUGCUCCGGGAAGAAUGUAACAAGGCAAGAUGAUCAAAAAGGGAAUGGACAUUCCUUUGAGCCAAUGACCUUUUGUUUUGGACUCGCUCUGGGAUUUAUUCUGGGUCUCUGGGUGGUGUUCUGCAUCCUGUUGUUCAAGAAAGUAUGGAGGAUUGCUUAUUUCCGUGUGGUUGACCAGACAUAUGAUCAGAUGUAUGUGUUUUCCGUUCUUACAUGGAGAAGCUGGGCCAGAAAGGAAGCUACAAAUUGA